AUGUCUGAUGGCUCCGAGCUGAAGGGCACGCUAUGUCCUGAGAUGUUGGCCAGGCCACCCCUAUUGGGGAAAACUCUCGCUGCUUCGAGACACCAUGCCGUGUUGGGUUUUCCGACCACCAAUCAUGAUUGGCACCUCUACACGGCGUUGUCGCUACCCUUCGGGGCCUCGGCGUCAGUGUUCAGUUUCAACAAGAUUGCCCUUGCUCUGCUGCACAUCAUGAUUCACAAGUUCCUGGCCAUAGGAAUUGACUUCUAUGAUGAUUUCACUCUCUUCGAAUUUCAGCCCGCGGCCUCGUUGCUUGAUAAGGUCCUGAUGCGAUUGCUUUCCAUACUGGGUUGGCUCUUCGCUACGGAGGGCAAGAAGUUCGUCCCUUUCUCGCCGUCUGUCAUCUCCUUAGGGGUGUCGCUAGGCCUUAAGGAUAUUUGGACGAGGGUGGUGGCCGUUGGCAACAAGCCGGGGAGACUAGAGAAGAUUGCCGAGAUGCUGAAGGCUGUCAUUGCUUCCGAUCAUGCCUCGAAGUCUCAAUUGGCGUCUCUGCACGGCCUUGUGAACUUUGCCGGCGGUUACACUCUUGGAUAUCAGCUCAAGCCGACUGCCCGGAUGCUUGCAUUGGCGUUGUCGCGUGCCAGCCCGGGCACCACUGCCGAUCUCCGGUCCUCUUGCGAGGUUGCCUUGACCUCCAUUGCAUUGGUCGAGGCGUACGCUGUUGCCAUUAUGUUGUUCGCCCUGCGGGGGAUGCUUACCGGGCGCUCCAUUCUUGCGUUCAUUGACAAUGCUGCGAACGAGACCGCCAUUUGGUAUGAACGGGUCGCAAGCUCUGCAAACCCUUCCGACCUCCCGUCACGGGACGCUGUGGCCGAAGCCUGCCGGCGUUUUGGUUGCGAAGAUAAAGGUGAUGUGGCUAUCACGGCCGAAAUGCAACGGUUCUUGACAUCACGCCUUUACGUUCCAGAGCUGGGAGCUGCCAUAGCUGAGGCAGUACGCGCGGAAGCAGACUUGUGGAAGGACCUCACUCCUGCGUAG